GUACGUGUCGUUGAGAUCAAUUCUUUUGAAUCCCAGAAACUUUACAAACAGAUCCACCUUUGGAGUAAUGUUUGUGAUUUCUUUUUUUUCUUUUUUCGUAUAAACAAUGACUCUGGAGUAGAUAUUUUGUUGGAAUUUGAAAUUUUUUUUUUUUUUUUGAAGGUUGAGGGUUCUCUCUCUCUCUGUGUGUGUCUCUCUCUCUGUCUCUCGUCAUUUGGCUUUUGUUUGGGCUUAAAGUCUUUUAGGUGGUCUUCCUGUUUAGGUGGUCUUCCUGCGAAGAAACAUCUCAUCAUUUCUCUACUGUUCAUUUGAUUGGUAUCUUUUGGGAAUUGGGAAUUUGUUCUUACUUGGUGUUCUUGCUUUGGAUUUCUGUGUGUCUGGAGAACUUUCAUUUGGGUCUUUUUCUCUUUUAAAUUUGUUGGGUUUUUUUGUUUUUUUUUUCUUCUUUUGCUUUUUGGGGUUCGUGAAAUUUGGCGUAUUAUAUUGGUCUUGUAAUUUUUGUGGGCGAUUGUUAAUUUGGGUGGGUUGAGAUGGAGGAGCGAUACGAGCCAUUGAAGGAGCUUGGUUCAGGGAAUUUUGGAGUGGCAAGGUUGGUGAGAGAUAGGAAGACAAAGGAGCUCGUUGCAGUCAAAUACAUAGAAAGGGGGAAGAAGAUUGAUGAGAAUGUUCAGAGAGAAAUCAUCAACCACAGAUCUCUGAGGCAUCCAAACAUUGUCAGGUUCAAAGAGGUCUUGUUGACACCUACACAUUUAGCUAUUGUCAUGGAAUAUGCAGCUGGGGGUGAACUCUUCGAGAGGAUAUGCAGUGCUGGUCGAUUUAGUGAAGACGAGGCAAGAUUUUUCUUCCAGCAGCUAAUCUCUGGAGUCAGCUACUGUCAUUCCAUGCAAAUUUGUCACAGGGAUCUGAAACUGGAAAACACACUACUGGAUGGAAGUCCAACCCCAAGACUUAAGAUUUGUGACUUUGGUUAUUCCAAGUCUGCUUUGCUGCACUCUCAACCCAAGUCAACAGUAGGAACACCUGCAUACAUUGCCCCAGAGGUUCUCCAAAGAAAGGAAUACGAUGGAAAGAUUGCUGAUGUUUGGUCCUGUGGUGUGACACUAUAUGUGAUGCUGGUUGGAGCAUACCCAUUUGAGGAUCCUGAAGAUCCUAGAAACUUUCGAAAGACCAUUGGGAGAAUAAUGAGUGUGCAGUACUCCAUACCCGACUAUGUACGCGUGUCCGCAGACUGUAGGCAGCUCCUUUCUCGUAUUUUUGGUGCCAAUCCGACCACGAGGAUCACUAUCCCAGAGAUAAAACAGCAUCCUUGGUUUCAGAAAAAUUUGCCGAAAGAGCUAAUAGAAAUUGAGAAGACAAACUAUGCAGAAGCAGGAAGUGAACAACCAAGUCAGAGUGUCGAAGAAAUUACGCGGAUCAUACAAGAGGCAAAGAUGCCAGGGAAAGGAUCCAAAGCUGGCUUGCGAGCUGUCGCCGGGGCAUCGGACAGUGAUGACUUGGAGGCUGAUAUUGAAUCUGAAGUUGAUGUCAGUGGUGACUAUGUCAGUGCUGUGUGAGCAUGGCUUCGGAAUUAUGUUGAGAGGAGUUGUUUUAAGUUUUAUUACACGAACUUUCCUUGGGGCCAAUUACUUAUUAAAAAAAAGGGUUUAAUUUAAUUACACAAACUUUCAGUUUGCUGCUAAUCACAUUGUACAGUAGAACAUAUGCUGGAAACUUGUGAGCUGAACUGAGUUUUGAGUUGGGUUUUGUGUGUAUGAAGGAUAUUGCAUUUACUUUUUUUUUUAUA